AUGUCAUCUCACUUCUGUUUCGGUUCAUUGCAUCCACAUUACGCUCACAAUCUAAUCAAUAUUUAUUACAUGGGUAAAAUGAGGAAAUUUCCUUUUCAACAUGUCAUUUCUUACAGAUCACGAUGGGCAAUUCAACUGGCACUAUGCGGUAUUGUAAUCAUAUUUUUACUAGUCUCCGGAACCAUUGUACUUGGAUUGAUACCAGUAUACUUGACAACAAACGAUGUUCAUUCUAGCACACAGUUCAAUGAGCUUUCAUUUUACACAAUCUAUUCAUCGGAUGUGAUUUAUGGCCGAUUUCAAACAUUAUCUGAUCCAAAUGAUCUGUCUUCGCAGCUGACGAAGAAUAUGCCCGACUUAUCUCGAAUGAAAACUAUACCAGGUGAAUUUUUAACGGCAACACCAUCAAAUAAGCAAAGGAGACAAACAUCUGACAGUGCAAGUAUAGCAUGUGAAGGCUCGACUGAGCUAACAGGUGAUUUAUUUAGUACAAAGAAUAUGAUUGAAUUGCCAUCAACGUGUCACUCAUCUACAUGUCGAGAGAAAUAUCUUAUGAAAUAUCAAAACAAUAUUCGGAAGUAUAAUCAUCGACUCAAUGUCGAUAUGGUAUUAGAUGACAGUGUGCAAUCAAAUAUUCAAAUGGCGUUUUGCGCAUUUUCUUCCAUAGAUCCUAAUGAGCGAUUUCCUUCGAGUGCGUGCAAAUCAGGAACGUCAAGAUACAUUUACAUUAUAGAUCAAGAUGCGAAUUUUUUUCAAUUCAAUCCUCGAACAUCUGCGACAACACUGAUCACAAGUUUGACUUGUUCGACAACUGCAUAUCCGUAUUCGAUGGCUGUACAAAGUACUGGUACAGUCUGGAUCUUAUUCACCGAUGGAAAUUUAUACACAUUUGAUGUCAAUACUCGGCAAUGUCAAGCAACAUCGUAUGUCUCUGGACAGGAAGGUUUUAUUCUUUUUGGAAUGAAUUUUAUCAAUGAUUAUUCGACAAAUACUGAACUAUUGUACAUAACCAGUGACACAUCGAAUCCGCCCUUCCGUUUAGCAACUCUAGACAUCACUAUUUUGGAAAUUUCAAUUGUUAGUUAUUAUAAUUCGAAAAUUAGUGCUCGCGGAGAACUAACAAAGACACUCGAUGGAAGAUUAUUCGUUUUAUUUGAAGGUCAACCGUUCAUCAUAGCUGAAAUUAAUCAAACAACUGGAAAAAUCCUGUCUCAAACACCACAAAAUGAUCUUCGGUACGCGUCGGAUGCAUCAAACUUCGCUUUUACAUCUUAUCUAUCGCAAUUCUUCAUUUUCGUCGGCGAUCAGACCUACACCGAUAUAUUUCUUCAUGAUACGAGAAGUAAAACUACAACGAACAGAACACGGAUUUCCAAUGGAAUCGUUGGCUCCGGAGUUUCCCCAUGCCUAUAG